GUAUCUACCAUGUGCAUCAUCACCAUCACCACCUCAGAAGGGAAGGAAAAAACGGAUCAAAAAAUAGAAAAAGAAAAACAAGAAGGAGAAUCUGGCAAGCUGUUCAUGGCCGAUACCGACUGGAGAAACAGAACAUGUUGGGACAACGAGCACUGUCCGAUUGCCGUCAAGUUCGAAACCGAACACUUUCUGCGACGUCGUGUUUUGAAAUGUCUGCGGGGAUCAAGCUGAAAACCCCACGUUUGGUUGCUUCGCGUGGGGUAGGGCAUGGAGUAAGUGCCGAAAGGAUUUCUAUUCUCUCCGGAAUCGUUCCUUCUUCAUUGUCCCUUCUCUUCUUCAAGACUUGUGGAUAUGCAACUGAGAGCAACCCAUUUGCUUCCAGACUGAUUUCACGAUGGAAUCAGGGCCACCCUCUCAAACAGCACCGAUUUCAAAAGAUAGCCAAAGCAUUAUCAAACAAUAGUGCAAUCAUGUGCCACCAUCGGUUCAGAUUUGCUCGUCGUGUCGAUUAUCAACUGGAACGGAGCAACGCCCUGGUAGGUCACCAUACGGAGUCCCAGAAACCACCGGAUACGUACCCGAGCCUACGAGUGAUUUGUGUUACAGCACGUUGCAGUACGAUUUUGCACCACCCCUCACUUGUGAAAUUAAUACUCCAGUACUGCAGUGCGGGAAAAGGGGAUUUCACGACUAACUUAUGUCCUGAGGUUGUGUAAGGAUCGUUGCCCAGUUGGAAAUAGGUAAUCCCUGGCCCGGGAGCCAGACUGCUCGAACCUCGCGCCUUCAAUCGAACUCGCUUCAAACUUAGCAAGGGGAAACCUUCGGCAAACAUAUUCUGACCUGUCAAGUCUACAGCUCAUUUUUUUUUCUUUCCAAAUUCCUCCUCCCGAAACGCCACGACAGGUUUCUGCAAUUGCUGUUUAUUGGCUGUGUUUUUUGUUUGGCCAUUUCCUCCCCCCUCCCGCUUCCCCCGCUCCCUAGAUUCGUGUUACUUGUUUGUCAGUGGGGGUUGGCUUAGCGGAGGGAGAGAUAUUGAGAAUGUGGGAUAGGAUGUCAUGACAUUUAGAGCGCAUAUAUGCGGGGUGUAAAAUCGGAGAACCGACCAUGUGCUCGGGCCUUCCUUGGAAAUGGCCUGUGGGGGAGAUGGAGGGACUGUUACUAGUGUUGGGUAGGGGAGUUGGUACUCCCUUUUCACAUAUUACAAAGCUUGCCUUUAACAUCUCAUCAUG